AUGGUAAUCGAGGAAAUAAAAAUUGAAUCACAUGUGUGGAAAAAUGAACUAAGCGAAGAACAAAAACAGAUGAUUAUACUUUCUGAAGACUUUCAACGAUUCCUUAAUCGUACUGGUAGAAUUGUGGAAAGAGCAUUAGGAGAAUCCGUUAAUAUUUAUAGCGAUUACACUGGUACUAUGGAUGGCGAAGAUGGAAUGGACGAAAAGAGUCAUCAACGUAUAUCGUUGAACCGAUGGUUUUUCUGUGAUCGAUGGUCUCGUAAUCGUUGUGUGACCUCGAUGGACUGGUCACCUCAGUUUCCAGAACUCCUUGCAGCCUCCUAUAAUAAUAAUGAUGACACUCCAAAUGAUCCCGAUGGAGUGUGUUUAGUUUGGAACACAAAAUUCAAGAAAACGACUCCAGAGUUUAUUUUUCAUUGUCAGUCUCCAGUUAUGUCGACCACGUUUGCAAGAUUUCAUCCUAAUUUAAUCAUAGGGGGUACUUACUCCGGACAGAUUGUUCUCUGGGAUAAUAGAGUGCAAAAGAGAACUCCCAUUCAACGUACUCCACUGUCAGCAAGCGCACACACUCAUCCUGUGUACUGUUUAAACGUUGUUGGAGUACAAAACGCGCACAAUUUGAUAAGCAUAUCAACUGAUGGUAAAUUGUGCUCUUGGAGUUUAGACAUGCUGUCACAACCGCACGAGAUAUUAGAACUUCACAGUAAACAAGCGAAACCGAUUGCCGCUACCUGUUUAGCAUUCCCUCCUGGCGAAGUAAAUAACUUCGCUGUAGGUAGUGAAGAUGGAAACGUUUACUCCGCUUGUCGUCACGGUGCGAAAGCUGGAGUGUUAGAGACUUACGAAGGUCAUCAAGGUCCGAUUACUGGAAUUUGUGCACAUGGUGUACAAGGUGGGAUUGAUUUCUCGCAUCUAUUUUUAACAUCGUCCAUCGACUGGACAAUCAAACUUUGGAGCCUUAAAGAGAACAAAUGUCUAUACUCUUUCGAACACAAUGGCGAUUACGUUUAUGACGUUGCGUGGUCGCCAACCCAUCCAGCUCUGUUUGCUGCUGUGGACGAUUCAGGACGAUUAGAUCUGUGGAAUCUCAACCAAGAUACUGAAGUGCCUACAGCUAGUGUUGUGAUCGAUGGUUCCCCGGCUCUUAACAGAGUUUCGUGGACACCGAGUGGCUUACACGUAACCGUUGGUGAUGAUUCAGGAAAGAUUUGGGUAUAUGAUGUUGCUGAGCAUUUAGCACAUCCGAGAAUCGACGAAUGGAAUAAAUUUUUGUACACCUACCAAGAGUUGAAACACAACAAAGCAGACGAAGAAUUGCAUAAACUUAAUUUAAGUGAACUUAAUUUUUUCACUUCCAGACCUUCACCAAUAGUGACAUGUCUUCUGAGAUAAAGGUAUAAUUUACUCUACAAAAUUAUUGCUAAGUCGGCUUAAAUACUUCAAAUUUUUAAAUCAACUGAAAUUAAAACACCUAUAAUCCAAAAAAAAGAAUCUUACAUGAAACGAAAAACAGUAUAUCGCACUAAGUAUAAUUUAUAGGUGCAAUCUUAACUAGAACACCUUUAUCCUGUAUAAUAUUAUUGAAGAACAAAACAGAUGUAUUUGUACUAUGUUCGUUCGUAAUCGCUGUGCAUUCAAACGGCUAUAAAUUUAACGUGUCCAAUAGAAUUAAUAUCUUUAUUGGACAACUUUAACUCAGUAGAUUAUUAAGGAUGUGUGCAACAUAUCUAUGCAUGUAAAUAAUACAUUUAUGAGGCACGGUUUAACUCGUCAUAGUGCAGAAAACCAGAAAGUAAUUAGAAAAAAUUUGACGUAAUCAGGUAAAUCGUAACAUGCAUCAGAUAAAUUGAUACAUAAUGUUUUAUCUCCGGAUUUCUUCAAGAUAAUUUAUAUAUUAUUUCCAGAAUUAAUUUUCAGAAACAUAUGUCGUUUUCGCGCUAAUAUUCUCAUCUAACGUAUUGAAAGUAAC